AUGAAGGUAGCUUCAUCAAAAACUAACGGCUCUCAAUCCAAUGUGGUUGAGUCCUCUUUUCCAUAUAAAUCGGUUCGUUUGACUAAGAAGAUAUGCAACGAUAUGACGACGUUCAGAGGAACUAGAAAAAGGCUCACUGAAUUACAGCAAAAGAUCAAUGAGAAACAUGCUAAAAUACGUUCGGGAGAAGAAAAGUUGGAGGUGAAUGAAGAAUUACGACAAAUAUAUGCCGAAUUCUUUGAAAAUACAAAGAAGGAACAAGAUUUAAUCAUUGUAAUUUUAGCCCAGCUUUCAUUGUUAGUGGAGAAGGCAGAGGAAAAGCAGAAAGAAAGUGGAAUGUUAACACAACAAGUAACAACAGCCGAUACAACACAACAAGCCGAUGUAUUGCCUGUGGAGGCUUCAUCCAGUGCUCAACCAUCACAACCACAACAAACAACAACUCCACCUGCCACCACCUCUACUGACACCAUGCAGAUCGACGAGGAGGAUGAGGAAAUGGCUUCAGCCACAGCAGCAAACGUUUCCGAUUCCGAAAAACAACCAGCCGGCAAAACAACAAGAACCACAAAGAAGAGACAAACCAAAGGUGCAAAAUCAACAAAAGAACCUGCAGCUGAACAUACAAAGACUGAGGCUCAACCCAUUACGACAGAUAAAUACUUACAGCUCGAUGAAGGAAUUCCUGUCAAGUCCAAAGUAGCCGCUAGAAUUAGUGGAGCAAGUGAGGAGAGCGGAGAUUCUGGGUUUUGGAUUUUGGCUUCAAUUCUCAAAUAUUAUCCCGAUAAGAAUCGAUAUGAUGUUAUUGACGAGGAUAACAGUGACGAUGAGUCUUCUAGCUCAGACCGUAAAACCUACAAGCUUAAUAAGAAUCACAUUGUACAGUUACCAACAGAUUUUUCACAACACAAGCCCUUCAAAAAGGGAGAUAAGGUGUUUGCUGUGUUUCCUGACACUACAACUUUUUAUCCUGCCAUUGUUGACACUGUACCAACAAAGAAUUCUAAGAAUUAUUAUUUGAAAUUUGAGGAUGAUGAAGAGGACGGAAAAACACCACUUCGAAAAGUCAGCUUUAAAUAUGUAAUGGCUGUACCUAAAUAA